AUGUACGAACACGACCCUUUGGUUCUAUCUUAUGUUCACCUGAGGAACUUUCCUCGCGAGAAAGAUGCUCUGCACAUCCUGAAAAAGGUCGCGUCCCAGGUCAAGCCGAUCAUGCGCGCGCGGGGAUGGAAGGUCCCAGAACUGGCAGAGUUCUUCCCAGACCAGGAGAAUCUUCUAGGGCUCAAUGUCAAUAGAGGCCAGAAGAUCUUACUGCGCUUGCGGUACCCCAGAGACCGAAGCCUCUUUCUCCCCGUCGAGCAAAUCACCGAUACCAUGCUCCAUGAGCUUUCCCACAUUGUACACGGGCCUCACGAUGCCCGUUUCCACGCCCUAUGGAACCAGCUGCGCGAUGAACAUGAAGGGCUUGUCAUGAAAGGCUACACGGGCGAAGGCUUCCUUUCGGAGGGACACCGUCUUGGCGGUGGAAGACAGCUUCCUAUGCAUGAGGCACGCCGGCUGGCCCGGGCAGCGGCCGAGCGGCGACAAAACUUGGGCGCCGGGUCUGGUCGGAAGCUCGGCGGCGCGGGUCUCCUACCGGGGCAGGACAUUCGCAAAGUCAUUGUUGACGCCGUCGAGCGGCGCAAUAAGACGCUGCAGGGCUGCGGCAAUACAAACCAUAAUGAAAACGAAAUCCGGGCCAUUUCUGAGACGGCCACCAGAAAUGGGUUCCGGACUCAAGCCGAGGAAGAUGCUGCGAACGAAGCGGCCAUCGCUCAGGCACUCUGGGAGCUGGUCCAGGAGGAUGAGAAGCGGAAGUACGGCAGCGCUUAUGUUCCUCCUACUCCAGAGCACCCCUCUGGCAGCGGCGGCGGAGCCGUUGUAUCCUCCUCGGCGGCCUAUCCCUCGGGCGGCGGUGGCCCAGUCAGCCUACCAACACCGGAUCCAGGCUCCUCUUCGGCGGCACCCCAACCACGGACCGCAGCAGAGAGAAGGCCCUUGUCCCCGGAGCCGAUGUCUGGAUGGACCUGUCAAAUCUGUACACUUCAUAACCCGGACAACUACCUUUGUUGCGAUGCCUGUGGGGUCGAGAGACCUGAGAAUGCUACCAAGAAGAUUGCGGGUCGUACCUCAAAACGGCCUAGAACAACAAUCGACUUGACGACCUCGCCAGCAAGACCGAGUCGCGCUGAAAAAGAGCCCGCUGCCUCGUUAGUACGUCCUCCGGCGACAUGGGAUUGCUCGUUCUGCGGGACGACUAUGGAACGGCAAUGGUGGACUUGUUCCACCUGUGGGAAAAUGAAGGAAGACUCGAAAUAA